AGCACAUGCGCGAUAACCUACAAUUUCGCUGCAGCCAUUUAUGUUGAUUGCAUUUUACCAAGUGUAACAAAAAGAAAAAUCCAGGUAAUUCAGUAGCUGAUCAACUACACGCCUAAAAAAUAUUUACAUUCAUGAAAUAAGUCGGCAAUGGUACAGCUGGAGCGCCUAAUUUGCUUUUGAAUGCCCAAUGAUGACUGAUUCAAUGAAUUUUGGUCCAGACUGGAUUCGCAACUUGUCUUCUGAAGGAAGUACAGGAAUUACUGGUGGAGGCACAGGUGGUGGGACACGGUAUCAGCUUGCAGAGUAUCGAUAUGGGAGAGAGGAGAUGUUGGCAUUAUUUGACAAAAAUGCCAAACCUCCUGCCUCAAUUACUAACUUCAAAUGCCUCUAUUCAGAACAGUGUCUAUCACCUUUAGCAUUGCUACCAACAACUGAAGAAGAAAUGCUUGCCUCCCAGCAGCAAGCGCCGGUGAUAAGGGGGUGGCAGAAACCGUCCUGGCGCCAGCGGAGGGGGCCUCGGAGGCGGCGUGCCCAGCCUGGGCCGGGGUGGCAUUAGGGGCGGCUCCAUGGACAGAGGAGGAAGACCGAGCAGGGGCAGGGGGUACCAGUACGGUGGGGGCGGCCGCGGCGCGUAUGACGGGAGUUGGGGCGGGCCGGGGACUGCUGGCGGCCCCGGAAGUGUGCAAGCUGACCCGACCAGUGAUCAGUGGAGUCCCAGGAAGGAGUAUAGUGGAGGGAGAGGCGGCAUGGAGAACUGGCGUCGCUCUCGCCCGUUGUCCGACGAUCACCUGGGCGGCGAGCCAGGCGGCAGCCACGAUGGGGCGGGAUGGCGCCGUAUGCCCGCCCCCACGUCUAGCAUGUUCGAAAAGUGGGGGCGGUCGACCAGCUGGCGAGACUCAUCGGGGGCCGGGGCAGGCGGCGAUGACGAUCGUCUGCCUACCGAGAGGCAAAGGGGCAGUUGGAGCAGCGGAGGUGGUGAAGGGCAGGGUGGAGGAAGGCCAACACUGAGACGGCCCGGAGGCGGCGGCGGAAGCUGGGACCACGAGGACCACCUGCCCGAAUGGGCCACUGAGAACCCGGCGGAUGGGGGCGGGUCGUUCGAUGACAAGGGGGCUUUUCAUGGAUCGGACGACGAGCAGUUGGAUGGAAGAGUCACGCAUAGACGGGAACCAAGCCUUCAAAAAUCAUCGUCUCAGCAACACAUCUCUACUAAAGCACAUCCCCCUCCUCUAUCAUCAUCUAAAUCAUCCAUGUCCCUUGUUAAUAAACCUGAAGAUUCGGCCAGAAAAAAAGAGUCUCACAAGUCUGGCGAAAAUCAAAACCAAAUGAAGGAGAAUAAUGCAAAGUCUGAAAGGAAAAAAUCAGUUCCUAGUAUUCCAGAAAAGGUAGAUAAGGACAUGUUAGUACAAGAGAGAGCAAAAUCUGAAGGACCACAAAGGUCGACUUCUUCUACGUCUACCACCACAGAGUCACAACAGGUGGUUGCAAAUGGCCCACUGCCAAAUAAGUCGAGGACGUCGGAGGAGCCGGACUUCGAGAAACUUCAAGAAGACUUCGUAUUGAAACUAGUCGUGGACGAGGAACCACCCCGCAGACUGCAGCAGCAACAGCACCAACGGCAACCUCCUGCUGGCUUCGAAGCUCCAGCGGGGGUCAGCGUGACGUCAUCAACGGUAGUGCCGCCUAAUUUGGCACCGCCACCCGCCAUGCAUCAUCAGCAAACCACCCCGCAUAACGACAAAUGGUUCUAUCAAGAUCCUCAGGGGCAGACUCAGGGACCGUUCACGGACUUAGAGAUGGCAGAGUGGUACAAGGCGGGGUAUUUCAGUAAUCAGUUGAAGGUCCGGCGUCACCAUGACGAGCGCUUCUUCCUCCUAGGCGAACUGAUCGCUUUGUGCGGCGGCGCGUCAAAUCCGUUCUCGAUGGCUGUGCUCCGGAUCCCGCCUCUGAAGGCUGACGCAACGGGGGCGGGCUCUUUGGGCGCCGCCGCCUCGCCUACAGUGGGAGUGGGCGGCAAAGACGCAGCGGCGGCCGCGGCAGAACUCCUACAGCUGCAAUACCUGCAGAUGGCUGCCUACAAGCAGGCGCAAGCGAGGGCGGCUAUGGCGGCAGAACCGUGGGGCGCGGCUGCGGCGUUGCAGCACGAGAUGGCCGCAGCGCAACAGAGGCUCAUCAUGCAACAGCAGGUUCCACAGGAUCUUCAGUAUAUGCAACAGCCACCGACGGCCAAUCCACUGAUGCACAUGAUCAACCAAAUGCAACAGGCCAAUAAGCUUCCAGGCCAAGGAUUGGUGGACCCGAAACCACCGAAUAUGCCUGGAACUUUGGAUCCACACCUGCAAUUGCAUGUCGGUAAUUUGUUGUCAAUGCAGAAUCGAAUUCCUCCUGCUGGUCUUGCCAACAGUCUACCAACAGGGCUCGCGCCUCCGAUAACUGGCGGCGUGCCUCCCGAGACAAUCCCUAGCCUGCAAGCCGCCGCCGCCGCUGUAUCCUUGGGUCCCAACGGACUUCCGCUGACCGGCAUCGCAACUUCGGGGGCGGCGGCAUUGCCUAGGCCGCCCCCUGACCAGAUACCCGGGGCUCCAGGGGGAACGCCUCAACAGGACCAGGACCCGAUCAGUAGUCUGCUGAAACAGUUGCAGCAGCAGAAACAGCAGUCGCAACAAAUCGAUUCGUUGUGGCAACAGAAUCAAUUCGGCAUUCCUCCGUCAGCGCCUCCAGCCGGCCAAUGGUCGGCGCCCAACGAUGUGCCAUUGUCUAUGUGGGACAUCCAGAAAUCUGCUUCGCCCAUAUCUCAACCACCAUCUGCUGCACCGGUUGCACCCCUUUCACAGCAACAGAACCAGACACCACCCGUCAGCCAAAAUGUUCCACAGGUAAGAUGAAACCC